AAAACCCUGGAUGAGGGAGAUCAAUAUUAUGCGGAAAUUUCUGAUUACCUACAACUACGUAACCUGUUGGAGAAAAUGAACGAUUCCAAACUGGUACACGAAAACAUGAAGACAAUGGUUGACUUGGGUUGCAAUGUGUAUGCCAAAGCCGUCAUUCCUUCUCUCGAUCGAAUUUUCGUCGAUAUUGGCUUGGGAUUUCACUUGGACUGCAAUCGGGGUGAAGCACUGCAAAUCAUAGACUCGCGUAUCGCUUUUCUAAACGAACGCACAUUGGUUUAUAAACAACGUGCAAACUCCAUUAAAGCUCGAAUCAAAUUGUUACUCCAAGGUUUAAGAGAGCUACAGAACAUACCCAGCACGGAAUUCGGGCCACAUCGUGAUGUAUGA